UUACGACGUAUGUUGGAACAUUUAUCGUGUAAAGGAGGUGAGAAAAGUCGGUAUGUUUCGAAUCUGUACAUACGAAAUAUCUGAAUAUUUAUUUUAAAAACAUUGUAAUUUAAAAAUAUAAUCAUUAAUUUAUUAUUUUACUAUCCUGUGCACGUAUAUUGUUAUUAGACUUGCUCUAAAUUAUUUGAUUGACUUGCGUUUUUAACGGCCACUAUCAUGAAACCUGGAGGUGGCACAAAGGUUCCUGCCGCCAAAAUUAUUGUUUCGGAGGAUAAGGUCAGAAAGUCUUUACACGUUUUGCAGCCAGCAGCAACUGAUAAAGAAAAUUUAGUUGGUGGUGGGAGAAUGCUUAGAUCUGCUCUGUCAUCAAAGGAAACAAUUAAAAGUGAUGUGACUGAAAAAUCGAAAAAUGAUGAAAAACCAAAACGUAAGAAAAUAAUUUUAAAGGAUAAGGCUGUUCAAACUGCAAGGGGAGGAAAGAUAAAGAUUGAAGUUGAAGAUUUAACAUCUGAAGCUGGCCCUAGUGAAAACUAUUGGGAAGUGUUGGCUGAAAGGCGACGAAUAGCACUUGAAGAUGCUUUAGAAGACAAUAGAGAAUUGACUGACCGUAUAGAAAAAUUAGAAGAAGAAAAUCGUAUAUAUAAAGAAAUGUUAGAUGAAUCAAGAGCAUUAGUCGAAGUUUUACAGGAAAUGAUUGGAGAAGAUAGAAACGAUAUAAAUAAUUCUCUGGAAGAUACCAUUUAAUCUAACGUUUUAUAAUCAAGUACUAAUCUGUGCCUUAUGGCUCAAACAGAGCUAAAUGUCUCCAUAUUGAAGGCAAUGUGUAAUGCACUAGACAUUAGUAAAUACCGACGGGUUGCCUGUUAAAUAUAAAAGUCUGAGUAAAGUUUUGAUAAAUUAAAAAUGAAGAAUUUCUUCGUAGUUUUAAUACAUUUCAAUUAUUCGUCGUUACUUGUACUUGUUAAAUCAUAAUUUACGGAAUUAAUUUAGACUGUGGUUGCGACUACAAAUGUAUUUACCUCAUAGAGUACUACUUAAUAUAAUAUAUUAUAUAUUUUUGAU